AUGAGUAGAAAUCAAGCAUUUACAACAACUCCCGGCUUCAGCCACGUUCACGAUGCCAACGAGCGGCUGGAACUCAUCAUCGAUACCAUGCGGGAGAUGAGCACCCACAGCGAUCCGCAGGAAAUGGUUCGCGCGUAUGGUCAGCGGAUGCAGAAGAUCUUCCCGCGUGACGGAAUGAUUUCCGUCUCGCGGCGAGACCUGGAACAACCGGAGUUCAAAAUCACCCGGGCGAGUCACUGGGACGAGGAAAUCAAUCCCUGGAAACAACAGCACCGGCUGCCGCAAUUCUCUGGGGGCAUUAUCGGCGAGCUGAUCUACAGCGACCGUCCGCGGAUUAUCAACGACUUUGAAGUCGACUCCGACGACCCUGCGAGGGAGUUUCUUGAAGGCUAUCGGUCGCUGCUGGCGGUGCCACUUUACGAUCAGGGUGUGGCACUGAACAUGGUGGUGUUCCUUCAGCACGAGCCCGACUCGUUCACUUCCGACGAACUUCCUGAGUUGGUGUGGAUGAGCAACCUGUUCGGUCGGGCCACCCACAAUCUGGUGCUGAGCGGUCAACUGCAAGAAGCGUAUCAAGCGGUGGACAGCGAACUGGAACGCGUGGCAGCGAUUCAACGCUCGCUAUUGCCGGCCGGGUUGCCGCGGAUUCCGUCAAUGCAGUUGGCCGUGUUCUAUAACACGUCGCGACGGGCCGGAGGGGAUUACUACGACUUCUUCUCGUUGGGCGACGACCUGUGGGGUAUCACCAUUGCCGAUGUCAGUGGGCACGGUACGCCGGCAGCGGUGCUGAUGGCCAUUACGCAUUCGCUGCUGCACGCUAACGACGAACCGCUCGACGAGCCGGGUAAGGUGCUGGGGCGAUUGAAUCGUUUGUUGUGCCAGAAAUACACCUCGAGCAGCGGGACAUUCGUCACCGCGUUCUUCGGGGUCUACAACGCCCGCACUCGAAAGAUGCGGUACGCCUCGGCGGGUCAUUGCCCACCGAGUUUCAAGGUGUGCCGCGACCAGUCGAUUGGCAGCCUGAACGGCGUGGGUGGAUUUCCGCUGGGUGUGAUUGCCGAGGAAGAGUACGAAGAGGCCGAACACCAGUUCGAUGUGGGCGACCAAAUAUUGCUGUACACCGACGGCAUCACCGAAGCCGAGAAUCCGCAGGGCGAGCCGUUUGGCGUACAGCGUCUCGAGGCCGCCUUCGGCAGUUGCCACGACUCGGCCGACGACAUCAUCGCCGGGGUGCUGGGGACGCUGAACCAAUUCACCGCCGGGCAUGCCGCCGACGACGACCGCACGCUGCUGGACUUAUUCGAGAUAUUGGUACGUGAGCACGCGGAUAUGCUUACCGCGUAUUUGCGUUGCGCGGUGCGUGACCCCGUGCUUGCCGAUGAUUUGUUCCAGGAGGCCAUGUUGGUGGCGUGGCGGAAUCUCGAUCGGUUUGAUCGCAGUCGCCCGUUUGGCCCCUGGUUGCGAGGGAUCGCCGCGAAGCUGAUUUUGGCCCACCACCGCAAAGCUGCCAAAGCGAUGGUGCUGUGCGACGAGCGAAUUCUAGAGCAUCUCGACCGACGGCAUGAAGAACUGGCCCAACUGGCCGGCGACACCCUGGACGAGAAACUCGACAGCCUGCGAGAAUGCGUGGCCGAAUUGCCUGAGCAUUACCGUCGGGCCGUGGAAUUGAGAUAUAACGACGAGCUUCAAGGUCCGCGUUUAGCCGAUGAACUAAGUAUUUCCGUUGAGGCCAUGAAAAAACGCUUGCAACGAGAACAACUUUUCAACAACGAUCGCUGUAACGCCCGCAAGCCCUCAGAGCUUGAAGCGGCCGACCUGUGGGCAACCGCCGAAAACGGUGAGUUGCAGGCCGCCGAUCUGCCCGAGGACGAAACCGCUAAGAAGGAUGCGGCCGACUUGCGAUUCUUGCACGUGCUGCUGCAGCGGAUUGCCGACCCCGACGAUGCGGGUCGCGAACGUCGCGUGGAACGUGUGCUGGCGGCGAUCGACGACGAGCCCGUGGAUUCGACGCCACGGCACAUCGUGACUCCGCUGCCGACCGAAGUUCCGACCACUCCGUCUGCCCGUUGGUUCCCAUUGGGCCGGCGUUGGGUGAUGUCGGCACUGAGCGUGGCCGCAGGGUUGAUGGUGCUGGCUGUGAUCUGGGCGGGUUCGAACGGGACCGAAGUUUCUGCUUACGCCGCGGUCGAGCAGGUUUAUUCGGCUGCCACGUCGAUGCAAGAUCGCGAGUACAGUGUGCUCUCGGAGCUGAACAAGUCGAAUCAGGUGGUCGAGGUCGAAUCGACGCUGUACGUGCGUGGUGGUGAGAAGUACAGCAUCCGACACCCUUCGAUUCUGGGUGAAAUCUGGAUCGGGAAUAAUGGAGAUCACAGUUGGCUGGUUCCGCCGAGUGGGAUCGUCAUGACCCGUGAAGAGUCGCGGGAAAACCCGCACUAUAUCCGUCGUUGGACCAACGACACGGGUUUCGUCAUUCCCGAGCUGCAACUCACGGCGCUGAUUGCUCAUCUCCGCGACCAGUACGAGUUGGAACUGCUGCCGAGUGAGCCGCUUUCGACAACGCCCCCGGCAUUGGAUGCCGCGGCGGCCGAAACCUUAGACGCCGAACAGCUCGCCCGUACCGAAGUGAUGUGGCGGCGGAUUCGUGGCACCCUGAAUGUCGAGCAGCCCGGGCGACCUGAAGUGGUCGAUGUGUGGUGCCAUCCGGAGACGGGUGUGGCUCGUCGAAUCGAGUUGGUGUGGCGGCGCGAUCCCGGGGCGGAUUCGACCGAUGGUUUGCGGCGGAUGACGGUCGAGUUGGUUCGCGACCAUGUCUUCGACGACAGUUGGUACGAGGCCGAGAGUCAUCCCCCGACUGCGGCGGCUACUUCGGGGGCGAAGCAGGAUUAG